AUGGAAGAAAUUAAAGAUGUGUUAUCAAUAGAUGAAAAAUUAUUGGUCAUAGAUGAAAAAUUAGCUCUAGUUUCACAACAUCUAACCAAAAUGUCAAAAUCGGUCAAUUUCUCAAAAUUCCGCAAUAAAACCACGGGAAUAGAAUACAGUAAAUUUUGUUCAACGCUUGCUUUCGUACUAUGUUCGCUCAACCACGGUAUUUUUAUAAAUCAUAACGAUAAUACAGUACAACUAAAAUUAAAAGGCAUGAGCAUGACAAAUCACCAAGUUUCGACCUAUUUGAAUAAAAUCAAGAGCUACAUGAAGCAGAUAAUUGAACUGCAAAACAUAGGUAAAACAAAGUAA